CCCGAGAAGCGCCUCGGAGACUGUUCUAGUGUUCGCGACGAUAUCCCAGGUAAUUGAUUCCACCAGUACCGGUACUCGGAGAGCAAUUCUAUUCUACACAAAGACUGGACCGACAUGUCUCGAUCCGAAAAGCCAACGUUAUCCCCCGAAGGCUGUUACUCAGCGCAGUCGAUCCGGCGCUUCCUUCUGCUAUCGAGAUCAUUAACAGACGACUCGGUAUCCGCCGAUCUGAACUCCCUUCCGGUGCAGCAAAGCUCGACAGAACUCGGCAGCGGGAAACUAUGGCGGAAGCCGGAACGAGAGCGAGCUGGUGCGCCGCGGAGACUGUGCAAGGACUACGUCUCGACUUCCGUCUUUGAGAGCUGGAAAGCCCGCGACGACGUGUUGGAAUACUGCACUUCUGUGGCUGAAUCUCGGAAAAGCGAGGUCGUGGCUGCGUUUGCACAACGAGAGAAGGUCGAUCCGAGGAUAGAUCCGUAUGCGGCCAGAGAUAUUCCCGAGGUGACGAAGGAGGAUCAGAUGCUGUCGUGGAUCCAGAACGAGCGAGAGAUCGAGGACAUUGUGCGGAACCGCACAUGGUCGGUUAUCGAGGGCAAGUGCUCUGACUUUAGUGCGCCAACCGGAGCUACUGAUAGCUAUGCUACGAGUGGAUGGAAGACUGUAUAUUCGGAAUGGAAGAGCGCAAAGUGAGGCGUGGCGGUCAGCGUCCAGAGAAACGGCUGUACUGGAUUGUUCGGGUUUUCCCUGAUAUAGUCAGUAGGUAUGGUUUAUUUGGGUGCUUGCUACAUAGUAUGCGCUGUAUAUAAUCGAAAGUCUUGCCGGACGUUAUAAAUGGCGUUGUAUAUAUGAACAGAUUCGAUGUAGCAGGAGCGAUGCUAGUAAUAUAUUCUCAGACUCAU